AUGUCCACCAUGUCCGCCUCCGCCGUCGAAGAAGCCAAGCGCGCCGCCGCAAAGGUCGCCGUCGAGAACCACUACCCCAAGAAUGCCCAGUGGGUCGGCAUCGGCAGCGGUACGACAAUCGUCUACGUCGUCGAAGCCAUCAAGGCCCUCGGCGUCGACAUCUCCGCUACCAAGUUCAUCCCCACGGGUUACCAGUCCAAGCAGGUGAUCAUCAAUGCGGGAUUCACGGCUGUGGAAUUCGAUGCUAUCCCGCCCGGCACUGUUCUGGACGUGGCUUUCGAUGGCGCGGACGAGGUCGAUGAGGAUCUGAACUGCAUCAAGGGUGGUGGUGCCUGCUUGUUCCAGGAGAAGAUCGUCGCUACACAAGCGAAGGAAUUCAUCUGUGUUGCUGAUCACCGCAAACUCCAGCCCCGUCUCCUCACCAACUGGAAAGCCAUCCCCGUCGAAGUUGCUCCCAUCGCUGCCCACCGCGUUAUCACCAAGCUCAAGGAACUCGGCAGCGUCAACCCCGUCAUCCGCCCGUCCGCCAGCGUGAAGGAAGGUCCUCUCAAGACCGAUCAGGACUUCUUCAUCAUCGAUGCUCCUUUCAAGCCCUUGCUGAUCAAGGCCGAUCUCGAGGCUGGCCAUGACGGUAACGGUAAGGACGGUGUGUGGGCUGUUGAGACAUUGGCUAGCAAAAUCAAGGCCAUCUCCGGUGUGCUUGACGUUGGUAUCUUCCGGGGCUUGACUGGUCCCCAGGCUACUGCUGCUGGUGGUGUUGGUGGUGAACGGCCUGUUGCGGCUUACUUCGGUAUGGCUGAUGGCACGGUUGCUGUUCGCAAGGCUGAGUAG